AAGAAAAUCAAAACAUAAGGAGUUGUUUUUCGUUCAUUUUUUCAAGCAUGUUUAAAGGAAAAUUAAAUAUAAAAAUGGACCACAAACACUUUUUGAAUGCUCUCCUCGAGUGGUUUGAUACCCAAAAGGAUUGUAACGUAUUUUUUUUGUGUCCAGACUCUGAAAACCCGGAAAAAAAGCUACAAAUUGGAGCCCACACAAACAUUCUCGCCAUGGCCAGUGAGUAUUUCAAUGCAAUGUUCUACGGAACAAUGGCUACCAAAAACCCUGAGAACCCAAUCGAAAUUUCCACCGUAUAUUUACCUUUCAAAUUGUUGCUCAGCUUCAUCUACGGCAGAAAAGUCAAAUUCGAUACCAUUGAAAUCGCUCGUGAUUUUUACGAAGCUGCUGAUUUUUACAUGUGCAAAGAUGCAAUUGAGUAUGGCAAGCGACAAUUCUUCAAGAUGCUCAAACCAAAGAAUUUGAUUACUUGUUACGAAAUUGGUCACAUUUACAACAAUGAACGCUUAAAAGAUGCCGCAUGGAAGCUUAUUCGUUUCGAUGAAAAAAUUCUGGAACGUCAAAAAUUCUUAGAAGCAUCGCCGGAAAUUGUUGUUGACUUAUUUCAAAAGCAGGAAUCGUUGAAUGUCGGGUCGGACAAGGAGUUUGUUGUCGCCCUAGAACACUACAUUGCACACAAUAAAGCAUUAGAUCCGGAUAUUGCUGCCAAAAUUCGUCCAGCCAUUCAAAGUAUUUCCUUUUUAACGUUGACGCCAGACGUUAUUCGGGCCACGACACUUUUGACUGACACAGAAAAAGCUGAAAUUUUGGCCAAAAAGGAAUCAAAACAGGACAGCUUUCCGAUGCCGGAGGGGUUUUCAAAAUGUAUUGUAUCUAGGGAAUCAACUCAUGCCCCUACCAGAUGGUCGUUGAAUUAUAAGGAUUCCAGCGAGAAUGACGAAAGUUCUGAGAUGGAUACAGACUCUGAAUCGGAGAUUAUCUUUGAUCUUAUUAGCAAAGAUUUUGGGGAAAGAAAUCAAAUUUAAGAAUCACCGUCAUGUCAUCAAAUUUUGUAAAAUAACUUUGUUCAUAUACUUCACUUAAUUUAAAAAAUAUAAAAAAAAUAGUAAGGCCGCUCCAAUUUUUUUUUUGAACUUCCAGUUCAAAAGCUAAAAAUCUAAUGGAGCAAAAUAAAAAAAAAAGUUAAAAAUUUCAUCAAAAUA